AUGGGCAACUUUGCUGCCAACGAGGGACUUUCGGUCUUUGUCAUUCUGGUAUGGCUGGGAAUCAACGCUUACCUGUUUGUCCAGUUCUACAUGAACUUCCUGACUGAGAGAUGGUUCUACACACGGGUCCUUCUUGGGGAUGCCCUCUCCUGGGCCAGGGCUCCUGCAGCCUGUCUCAACUUUAACUGUAUGCUUAUUCUGCUGCCAGUCUGCCGGAACCUUCUGUCCUUCCUGCGCGGCUCCAUUCAGUGUUGCAGUCGCACAGCUGCUCGACAACUGGACAGAAACAUCACCUUUCACAAGCUGGUAGCUUACAUGAUAGCAUUUCACACAGCGGUCCACAUCAUCGCCCACCUGUUUAACUUUGAGUGGUUCAUGGGAGCCCAGCUGUACAGGAACAGCAGCUCUCUGCCCUUUGUGCUGUCCCAGAUUGGCACCGGAGACAAUGCCUCCUACCUAAACCCCAUCAGGACUGACCAGACCAACCCAACCAUAGUGAUGUUCACUACCAUCGCGGGGUUAACGGGCGUGGUCAUCACCUUGGCCCUCAUCCUCAUCAUUACAUCAUCCAUGGAGGUCAUCCGCAGGUCAUACUUCGAGGUUUUCUGGUACACCCAUCACCUCUUCAUCAUCUUCUUCAUCGGACUCGUCUUCCACGGCUUUGGGCGAAUUGUCCGAGGGCAGACCGCUACAAGUCUCCUGGAGAACAAGCCAUCGCAGUGUGCAGAUCAGUUUGAGUCAUGGGGAAAGAACGGGACCUUCUGCCCUAAGCCAGAGUUUGCUGGGAACCCUCCUAUGACAUGGAAGUGGGUGGUGGGGCCUAUGAUCUUGUAUGUGUGUGAGAGACUGGUCCGAUUCUACCGCUCCCAACAGAAGGUGGUCAUCACCAAGGUGGUGAUGCACCCGUCCAAGACCCUGGAGCUCCAGAUGAAGAGGAAGGGUUUCAGGAUGGAGGUCGGCCAGUACGUCUUCAUGCAGUGUCCCUGCGUCUCCCAGCUGGAGUGGCAUCCCUUCACCCUCACCUCCGCCCCCGAGGAGGAUCACUUCAGCGUCCACAUCCGUAUCGUGGGCGACUGGACCCAGGGCCUGUACGAGGCCUGCGGGGGGGACAAGAACGAGACCCAGGAGGCAUGGAAACUGCCCAAAAUGGCGAUAGAUGGCCCGUUUGGUACGGCCAGUGAGGACGUGUUUGGCUAUGAGGUGGUCAUGCUGGUGGGUGCUGGCAUCGGGGUCACCCCCUUCGCCUCCGUCCUCAAGUCAGUGUGGUACAAACACAUCCAGGAGAACCAGAACGUUUUCACCAAGAAGAUCUACUUCUAUUGGCUGUGUCCUGAGACCCAGGCGUUUGAGUGGUUUGCUGACCUGCUGCAGUCUCUGGAGGGACAGAUGACAGAGAAAGGCAUGGUGGACUUCCUCAGCUACAACAUCUACCUGACCCGCUGGAAAGAGACCGAGGCUGCUCACUUCAGAGUUCACCAUGAGGCAGAGAAUGACCCUAUCACAGGGCUGAAGCAGAAGACUCUGUAUGGGAAACCUAACUGGGACAAUGAGUUUACUACUAUUGGGACAAAGCAUCCAGAGAAAAAAGUAGGAGUGUUCCUGUGCGGUCCCACCCAGCUGGCUGACGUCUUGGAGAAGCAGUGCCUGUCUCACUCUGAGGCUGGUGUCAAGUUCAUCUUCAACAAGGAAAACUUCUGA